AUGCUUCUUUGGAACUGUGCCCACCAGAUUUUACCAGUAGCUGAGAGCUUACAUCAGUUUUUACCUCAAAUCUCUCCUACUUGUUCCAGAUGUCGUUUACAUUCUGAAAAUCAUUUGCACCUGUUUAGAGAUUGCCCCAAAUCCGGUAUUUUAUGGACUUAUAUUUUUCAACGAGUUUGGUCUAACUCUAAGUUUGAUUUUUAUACUUUUUACAAUUCUGAUUGGGGUGCAUGGAUCACUUUUAACCUAAAUAAUUCAAUGAAAUGGAAAAGUUUGUUUAUAACAGCUAUAUGGCAGAUUUGGUUAUCCAGGAAUAGGGUGGUUUUUGAUCUCAAAAUGAAAUCUGCCUUUUCGCUGUACAAUGCAUUUUAUGUAGAUUGGACUUUUGCUAACAAUUGUUCACAGGGUAAGGAGUUAGGUGCCUAUCAUGUUCCAGGAUUGACUAAGAAAACUUGGUUUCCUCCAAAAGAUGGAGUUAUGAAGUUAAAUGUGGAUGGAGCUUGGAAGUCAAAUGCAGUAGCAGGAGGUGGAGGAGUGUUCAGAAGGUCAACUGGCUCGUGGUUCGUUGGGUUCUCCAGUAAAUUCACUGUUAGCUCUCCUCUUACUGCAGAGCUAUAUGCCUUAAGGGAGGGACUCAUUAUUGCUAGAGAUUUCAAGUUUGAGAAGUUGGAGAUAGAAACGGAUGCUUUAAACCUCAAAGUGCUAUUGGGAAAGAUUAAGGAGCAAGAUCAUCAUGAGCUGGGUCCUGUUUUGAGGGAGGUGGCCAAUCUGCUCAAUCAGUCCUGGGUGGGAGAUCUCGCUCACAUUCCCAAAUUUUGCAACAAAGUGGCUCAUUCUCUAGCUGCUCAUUCUCUUAUCAUGGCAGUGGGAAGCAAAUUACAUUUCAUUAUCCCUUCCUGUGCAAAAAGUGAUUAUGAAGCUGAUUUUGAAAAUGCAAAUCCAGAAUAUGUUGAAACAAUUAGAAGAAAUGCAAGGGAUGAGGCAAACUCAAUUGUGGGUGCUAAACGUUCAAUUGAUAAUGCAGAUACAUUGAAUCAGGUGGCGACAGCAGGCGGAGCUGCGCAACUGGUGUUUGGUUCAAUUGUUGCUGACAUUAAGGACGCCAGAGACAGUUUGAAAAAUGGAUACUGCUUUCACUCCUUUUGUUGUUGGUAG